AAGAUCGUCUUUCGUAAAACAUAAUCGGAAAAGGUGCGCUCCGCCUUCGCCCUUGACACAUGAGCGAGGCCACUAAAGCGGCGGGAAAUCUUCCCGGCCGUCGGAGUAGAAUCGGAAGAUUCGUAACCAGCCUGACCAAGUACGGCCUCGACUCCGCCGCCGCCGCCGCUCCGAAGGCAUCCACCGGUCUUAGGAGAGCAUAUGAGAUUGUGCAAGAGAUAUUGAGGGAUGAUCAUUCCCCAGCCUCACCUUCCCUAAAGCAACAAACCAAGCUCAAAGAUGUCACAGCAAUGCUGGAAGAGAAGCAGAGGAAAAUGGAAGCAGCGGAGCAGAAGAGCGAGGAAGGGGUGGUGAGACAAUCAGGCGAGACAUCAUCAGCAAUAAGCAUAGAGUCGGGAGUUGUGAAGAAGGCACCGGAUGAUAAGUACCCUGUGAAAAAUUCAGCUGCUGUGCACACCGGGAAGAAAAUGAUCUUCAUCCGUUCCCGUCUCUGAGCAUUGUUCUUCCUGUGCCAAUGCCAUAAACGUUAAGAACAUCGAACCGUCAUGUAAUAUACACUAAGCUUGUAGAGCAAUACGUCGUUGUUAUCAAGUACAGACUGCCUGUAAGUGAUGAAAUGUGAUCUACUGGAGUUUAUAUUACAUAAAGCUUGUAGAGCUAUACGUCGUUGUUAGUUGUUACCAAAUACACACUUCCUGUAACUGAUGAAAUGUGAU